AUGGGUUGGGUUGGCUGCUGGCUUUUUGGAAAAGCGGGAGAAGAAAGCAGACAGGGCAAUGGGAUGAAGGCGGCAGAGAGUAUAACAUCAAUGCCUUACAUUCCUCACCAUCUCCUUGUCGAAGCCUUACAUUCCUCACCAUCUCCUUGUCGAAAUACUAUCAAAAUUGCCUGUCAAGUCUCUGAUACGAUUUACGAUUCAGAUGUCUGUCUCUACACUGUAGACAUUGGAUCAGCACAUAAUAAGGACAUUGUAGCAGUGAAGAUUGAUAAUAUUCUUGACAUCAGGCCUGAUGAGUUGCUCUAUAUGAUUGGUAGUUGCAAUGGAUUGGUAUGUAUAUGGUUUUCAUUCCGUCGCUCAUAUGUAAUAUUCAAUCCUUCCACAAGGGAGUCCAACCAAAUACCAGAUUGCGAUUUGCUUCGUUUUGAAGAUUAUAGAAGAUGUGGAUUUGGAUAUGACAGUUCCUCUGAUGAUUACAAACUGGUGAAAUUAGGUAGAUGUAGCGUCUGUAUAUAUUCACUGAGAGGUGGUUCUUGGAAAAAGGUUCAAGACUAUGUUGGAUACAAUUUUUUUGUUGAAUACAUUUUUUAUGUUCACACUCAACUAAAUGGAGCCAUUCAUUGGUUUUGUUUGGAUGAGAAUUCAAAUAGGCAAUCAAAGGUUGUUGCCUUUGAUUUGGUGGCUGAGAAAUUAUCAGAAAUUCCUUUGCCUAGUUUCUUCACCAAUGUCCAUGAAACGUGCCAUAUGGGGGUAUUUGGAGGUUGCCUUUGUGUAAAACCACCCCGGAGUGAUGAAUUCUGGGUAAUGAAGGAAUAUGUAGUGGAGCAGUCUUGGACUAAAUUUCAUGCCAAAAUCCCAUUUCCACGAUAUGGGAAGCCACUUGCUUUGUUAAAGAAUUAUGAAACUCUUUAUGAAGAACCAUUCCCACUUGGUUAUACAACACUAGUGACUAGUGAGAGAACAUAUAGGGAUCUUGUAUUGCAUGGCCUACCAAAUGAAGUAAUUUUUGAAGCAAAGUGUAUGCGGAGACCCUUGUACCACCCUGUCCUUCUGAAUGAAGAGCCAAUAUCAAGAAUAAAUGAAAGUUUCCAAAAACUUCUCCGAUUCUUUUUUGCCAAAUCACUGCUUUUGUGA